AUGGGAUGCAACUCGUCAUGUCAAGUUGAUGCAUGGGAUAUGCCACUGAAUAACCCCGGCGAUGGUGGGAGCACGUUUCAUGCGAAGCACAAGCCUACCACACCGCGGGCAUCAAAGGUGGCCAUGCGAAAUUCCUCGCUACCCCAUCAAGUUGAGGGAUGCGAGUCCGAAAACUGCGUUCCAGACUUCUUCCGGGUCUCUAUUCCGGCAGACCUCCGCGAGGUGAUCAAACCGGGGCCCAUCCUCACGGAGUUCUCGGAGCCGACGGAAGUAGAGAGCUCCUGGGAUAUGCCAAGCAUGGCGAAGCGUUGGAAGGACCUGCCCGCGAAUCUGAUGCUCCCACCAGAUCGGGAAAUGCACUCAGAGCACUUGAACAGACUAGAGAAAGCCCUCAGAGUAAUCAAGAGGUCGCCGGACUUGCUAAGACAGGGAGUCGACCGGAAGAGGAGGGAGAGUUGGAUGGCUCCGGUGGGAAGUCACGAGCUGUGGCAAGAGCAGCCGACGCCAUGA